AUGAUAGACGGCUCUGCUGACGACCCGCUACGCGACUUCCGCCAGAUUAACAGCGAGUUGCGGAUGUUCAAUGAGACACUAUCAGCCAAGCCGCAGGUCGUCGUCGUCAACAAGAUGGACAUAACCGAGGUUCAGGAGAUUGCGCCUUUGCUCUCGGAGAUGUUCGCCGAUGAAUUCGGACUGCUGCCCUACUCCGACCGCAAUACUGCCGCCAGGGGACGGCUACGCGGAAGAGGCGCCGAUGUCCCUGAAGAUGAAAGGACACUGCAUUUCAUAUCCGCGGUAACGCAAAGCGGACUUGACGGUCUGCUCGACAACGUGCUGGCUGCGCUGGAAAGCGAAUACGAAGAGUUGCCCGUGCUGCGUCCGAAGCCUCGCAGAGAGACUGUGCUGGUGCGCAAGCGCGGCGAUGUGUUUGAUGUGCGAGCCCGGAGGGCUGUGCGGAUAGCCGCCCUGCUGAAUGAGGACGACUGGAAUGCCCGGAUGCAAUUCCUUGGCUACUUGCAGCGCGCAGGUGUGGUGAGGGCGCUCGAAAAUGCGGGCGUGCUGCCCGGCGAUACCGUGCGCUUCGGGGAAGUCGAGUGGGAGUGGGAGUAG